UACUAUAUAACUUCACUGCUGAGCAGACCACUUGAACUCAGCAAGGGAGAAACUCAUUUUAAUCUCUCUUGUUUUCAUGAGUAUCUGUGGAACCAAGCCAGGAGUGAAUACGCUCUUGAUUUCUGUGUUUCUGCAGAUGGUGAGUGUGCCUGUAGCAGGUGAAUGGUGUCUGUUGAUAAUUUUAAGGCAAAUUCCUCAAGAAAGAAUCCAGGAGCUACAAGGCCACAUCGUUUUCCCUAAAACAGAAGAGAGGGCUGAUUCUACAGGAAUCUUGACAUUCCAGGAUGUGACAAUUGAUUUCUCUCCAGAUGAGUGGGACAGCCUUGACUUUGCACAAAGGGCUUUGUACAGGGAAGUCAUGUUGGAGAACUACAGUAACAUGGUCUCUGUGGGUAUUUCAAUGUCAAAACCAGAUCUGAUCAGCUCCCUUGAACAAAGCAAAGAGCCCUGGAAUGUGAACACAGGAGAGAAAGAAGGCAAUGAAAAAGUUUUCUAUUUUCAUCAAGCACAAGACCUAUUUUCACAGGAGAAUAGACAAGAUCCUAUCCAGAAAUUGAUAUCAGGAAUAGCUCAUAACCAGAAAGAAGAGAAGCAUUAUAUAAGCAAUCAAAAUGAAAAAAGUCAAAACAACUAUAUGGAAUGUGGAAAGUGCUUAAACAGAUGUGCAUGCCUCACUAUGUAUAAGAGAAUUAAUCCUAAAGAGAAGCCAUACCAAUGUAAUGAUUGUGGCAAGUCAUUUAACCAUUAUGCAAAUCUUCAAGCUCACCAGAGAAUCCAUACUGGUGAGAAACCUUACACAUGUCAAGCAUGUCUCAAGUCCUUUACCCAGGUGUCAGAUCUUCACAGACAUCACAGAGUCCAUACUGGUGAGAAACCUUACACAUGUCAAGAAUGUGGCAAGUCUUUUGCCCAUGUCUCAACACUUUAUAAUCAUCACAGAACCCAUACUGGUGAGAAACCUUUCAGAUGUCAAGAAUGUGGCAAGGCCUUUACCAGGGCAUCAACUCUUUAUACUCAUCGCAGAAUCCAUACUGGUGAGAAACCUUACAGAUGUCAAGCAUGUGGCAAGUCCUUUACCCAGAUCUCAAAUCUUCACAGUCAUCACAGAACCCAUACUGGUGAGAAACCUUACACAUGUCAAGCAUGUGGCAAAUCUUUUGCCCAUGUCUCAACACUUCAUAAUCAUCACAGAAUUCAUUCUGGUGAGUAACCUUGUAGAUGUCAAAAAUGUGACAAGUCCUUUACCCAGAUCUCAGCUCUUCAUACUCACCAUAGACUCCUUACUGGUGACAAACCUUACAUAUGUAAAGAAUGUGGUAAAUCCUUUAACACAAACUCAACUCUUCACACUCAUCACAGACUCCCUACUGGUGAGAAACCUUACAGAUGUCAAAAAUGUGGCAAGUCCUUUACCCAGGUCUCACAUCUUCAUAAUCAUCACAGACUCCAUACUGGUGAGAAACCUUACAGUUGUCAAGAAUGUGGCAAGUCCUUUACCCAGGUCUCAAAUCUUAAUAUUCAUCACAGACUCCAUACUGGUGAUAAACCUUACAGUUGUCAAGAAUGUGGCAAGUCCUUUACCCAGGUCUCAAAUCUUAAUAUUCAUCACAGACUCCAUACUGGUGAUAAUCCUUACAGUUGUCAAGAAUGUGGCAAGUCAUUUUCUCAGGUCUCAUCACUUCAUAGAUAUCACAGAAUCCAUACUGGGUAGAAACCUUACAGAUGUCAAGAAUGUGGCAAGUCCUUUACCUGGACCUCAUCUCUUUACAUUCAUCACAGAACCCAUACUGUUGACAAACCUUACAAAUGUAAAGAAUGUAGCAAGUCCUUUCACACAAAUUCAAGUCUUAGAAAGCAUCACAAAAUGCAUUUAAUGGGUACAUUUCAUGAAAUUUCUUAG